AUGCCGGAAGCUUCUGAUUAUGCGCCGUCGUCACCGGUCGCUGAGGAUGGUGCGCCAUCCAACAACAGCGGGCACCAGGUCGAUGUGUCGGCGACUGCCUCGACCCGCAGAAACACUCGCCAGACUGCAAAAGCCGACACGCAGGUGAUUCAAGAUCAAGAUGAAGACUCAGAAAGUGAGCUCGUGUUGUCGUUUGGCAAACGCCGAACCAGACGCAGCGCCUUGCCUCCAACAGUUGAGGAGGAGAUUGGCUUGGAGGCCGCUACACAGCGCGCCCUUAAGCUUUCACUCCUCGACGCAUCUGUUGACGGCGUAAAUGAUGAUCGAAAUGGGUCUGCAACCAAGACACCUGCAACUCGUGCCGCCAAGGCCAGCCAAAAGGCGAACAAGAAUUCCAAAGUAGCCAAAAAGGCCGCUCCAGCAAAGGCAAAGAAGUCGACCAAGCAAGCUGAGCCGGCCACAAAACCGUCAGGUACAAAGUCGUCGUCCAGCAAGUCAUCGUCGUCCAGCAAAUCAUCAUCGUCCGCCAAGUCAUCCUCCGCAAGAUCGUCCAAACCUCAGCCAGCUACCAAGUCAUCGUCGUCCGCAAAAUCGUCCAAACCCCAGCCAGCUGCCGAAUCGAGUGGCCCUACUGCUCUGAUAAAGAAGAGAAAAACUGAAGCUACACUGGAUCCCCAUGACUCUGCCCCAUCCCCAUCCAAGAAGAAGAAGCAGCUCCAAGCCCCACUGGAUCCCCACGAGGAGUUUCGACAAGCCUUCAUUCUUAAGGAGGCCAAGUAUGCAAAGGCUUGGGAACCGUUUGACAACCUCAGACAGCUUCCCCCUGCAGAUUCGACAAACCACUACAUCAGUAGCUCUGGCACCUUGUUACUUGCGCCCGAAGAUCCGCCCUACAAUCGGUUCGCCAGGACCAAACCCAUCCACCCCAAGGUUCUUGAAGCUCAGGAGAGGGGUGUCUGCACCGUCGGCUUCUUCAGACAAUUCAGAGACAUGCCUGCUCAUAUCAACUUGCCCACUGCUGGUGUUCCUUCGGACAAGCCUCAUCAAUCCAAGAAGAAGAUGGGAAAGCUAUUGUCCGCUACAGGUGCCGCCAUGAAGAAGGACAUCACCAAGAACGGACAUUCGAUCCUCUCGAACCCCGCCACCUCUUCGAUGGACGACGCUGCCGACGAUGGCGCUGCAAUUGCACAGGUGAUUCCUGGAAUGCGACUUCGACGCCAGCAGCAGAGUCCCAAGGGCGUCCCUGCUCCUGCAGACAACGCCUUCAGUCCUCGACCCACUGCACGUCUCGACACUUUGGACCAGGCUUAG